AUGAUUGAAAAUUGCAAGAAUCAUCAAGAAUAAAUAUGUUGGGUUAAUAAAGAUUCAAACAUUGAUAAAACUGAAAGAUUCCUCUGCUAAAAAUGUAAAAGUAGCUCUUAAAGAAAUUAAAAUUUAAUUAGCAUUGAAGAUGGAAAUUGGUACAUUAAAAAUUAUUAAGAUUAAGAAAAACUAAUAACAGAGAUAGAAGUGAAGGAAAAUAUCAAUAGGUUAAAUAAAAUGUUAGGUAAAGUUUAGGAGAUUAAAAAUAAUAUUUUCACCUGGUUAGAAGCAUAAGCUAAAUUAUUAAAUAAAUGGGUGGAAUAAUUAAAUAAAAUCAAUAAUAAAGAUGAUGAAUUAAGUUUAUUUGAUAAAUUAGAUGUUUUUUUUCGCUAAAAAUAAAAUGAAGACUAAUGCAGAUAAUAAAUAUAAGAAAAGAUUGGAAACAUUAAUAAUAUAAUGAGUGGUAAGUUUAAAAAGGUAAAUUAGAAAUGAUUUAGAAUAAUUAUAAACUAACUUUAAUAAGGAAAUUGAAUAAUAACUAGCAGAAAUAAUCUAGACAUAGACAGAAAAAAAAUCAUUGUAAAAUUAAGUUUAAAAUAAAUAACUCAAUCCAUUAUAGAACCAGAAGAAUAAUUAAACAUCAUAUAGAAUUAAGAUAGAAGAAGUUGAGUAAUACACUCUAAAAUUGAUUAAUGAUAAAAAUAAAUAGUAAAAAGAGUGUUUAGCAAUUGUAUUUAAUAAAAACGGAUCAAUCAUGGUAUCAACUGAAGCUCAUUUAAUUAAAACAUGGGAUUUUAAAAAUAAUAUUUUAUAAGUAAACUCUACUCUUAAAGGACAUUAAGUUUAGGUCAAUCAAUUGCUUUAUAGUAGAAUGAGUGAAAAUUUUCUUUCGUCUGAUCUAAAUGGAAUUAUUUUAUGUUGGUCCUUAGGAUUAGAUGGAAAAUGGAUUAGUUCAUAAAAAUAUCAAAUUCAUAAAGAACCAAUACAAAUUAUGAUUCUCAAAAAUUGCUCUGAAAAUUAACUUUUCACAGGAUCCUCAGAUAAAACAAUCAAAAUUUGGAAUUUAAAUUUUAAUAAAAAUGAUCUAGAAUUUAUGUCAAGUUUAGAAUCUCAUUAAGUUAUUGUUACAGGAAUUCAUUUAAAUUAAGCAGAUAAAAUUCUUAUAUCUUGUGAUAAUGAUUCCAAAAUUAAGAUCUGGUAAAAAAGCAUUAAUGGAAAAUGGGAAACAAAAUAGACGAUUAAUUUACCAAUUUAUUCUAAAAGAUCUAAUUUGCUGUUUACAAAAGAUGACUAGUUCAUUUUGGUACCUCAUAAUAAACAAGUUGACUUUCUUUAUGUAUAUGAAAAAAAAGGAUAAGAAUUUGAAUUAAAUACUUAAAAAACUUUAUAACUCCAAAUUUACAAUCUUUCUAAUGAUGCCAAUUUUUUUUCCACUUAUCAAUAUUACCUAUGA